AUGGGUGACCAUAUUGAGACGACAACGUCGCCCACGACUAGCGAUGUGCUGGGUACGACCGACGAUCAAAAAGACGUUGUGACUGAGACACCCGCCAAAAGCGGCCUGGAUCAACAGACACUCAUCGACCGGACAGUAGACUCACUUCUCACACCCCCAAAGUCUAUUUACGAUGAUUUCCCUAUCAAGCUUGUCGACAGAUACAUAGAUGAGCCUCAAGAAUUGCGGGUGGCCGUCGUCGGUGCAGGUCUUUCUGGAGUUCUCGCCGGUGUGCUUCUCCCAGCAAAGGUUCCUGGCAUCAAGCUUACUGUCUACGAAAAGAACGCAGACGUGGGUGGAACUUGGUUCGAAAACAUCUACCCCGGCGUCCGCUGCGACGUACCAGCCCACGUCUACCAGUCGACCUUCGAUCCAAACACUCAGUGGACAGAGGAAUUUGCUCAAGGUGCUGAGAUCCGCAACUACUGGCAGGGUUUGGCGCGCAAGUAUGAUGUAUACAAGUACCUUCAGCUUUCACAACGUGUCGAGGGUCUGAAUUGGGUCGACUCGCGCUCGAUAUGGCAAAUUACCAUCCGCGAUCUAAAAACGGACGCAAUCAGGAUUGAAGAGGCCGAAUUCGUCCUGACUGCCAUUGGCCGCUUCAACGCCUGGAAGCUGCCAGACUACCCUGGUCUCAAGGACUUUAAGGGCGUUCUUAGACAUGCCUCGAACUGGGAUCCCAACUUCGACCCCAGGGACAAAAAGGUCGCCGUGAUCGGCAACGGUGCCAGCGGCAUCCAACUCACCUCCAACUUGCACAAGGUCGUCUCACACCUGGACCACUAUGCGCGAAACAAGACGUGGAUCACGGCGUCCUUUGCCGGCGAUGAGACCUCGAUCGAGCCAAUUCUUAUCCCAGAAGACUUGAAAGAGACCUUCCGCAAAGACCCGGAGGCGUACCUCAAGUACCGCAAGGACAACGAAAGCAAAUACUUUCGCCACUUCACCGGUUGGCUCAAGGGAUCUAGUGAAAACGAAGGCGCGCGGGAGAAUUUCCGCAAAUUCAUGAACGAUCGUCUUACCAAAAAGCCGGAGCUCAUCGACGCCCUUAUCCCUGAGUUCUCCCCACACUGCCGUCGCUUGACCCCUGGACCGGGCUACCUCGAGGCCAUCACAUCCGAGAAGACGGAUUACAUUCAAACCCGCAUCAAGCGCAUCACUGAAACCGGUAUCGAGACAGAAGACGGCAAGCACCGCGAAGUCGACGCAAUCUUUUGUGCAACAGGCGCCAAUGUCGACAUGGUGCCGCCGUUCCCUAUCACAGCCAAGGGCCAGGACCUCACGCAACUCUGGCGCCCCGACGGGCCUUACACCUACUUCGGCUCCGCUACUCCAGGUUUCCCCAACCUGCUCUUCAUCCACGGACCUAACGGCAGCGGCCGCUCUGGCACGGUCCCGCACAAUGUUGAGAACCAGAUCACGUAUUUCGCGCGGAUCCUGCGCAAGGCGAGUCGCGAGGGCAUCAAGAGCAUCCAGCCUACUAAAAAGGCGGCGGAUAACUUUACACAGUACUCGGACGCUUUCUUCGCGACCACAGUUUUGUCGGAAAACUGCAGCUCGUGGUAUAACAGUGGUAAGGCCGGGUCGAGGAUCCAUGGUCUGUGGCCGGGGUCGGCGACAUUGGCGACUAUCGUGCAGCGGGAGCCGAGAUGGGAGGAUUUCGAGUAUGAGUAUGUAGGUGAAUCGGAGAACCCUUUCUUGUGGUACUUCGGCAAAGGGUGUACGAAGAAGGAACUGGAUCCGGAGGCUGAUGUCACACCAUAUCUGAAGGCUGGUGGUGUUGAUGUUAAGGAUGUUCAUGAGAGCUGGUGGAGUGUGCCAUAA